ACUGAGUAAAGGGUGCUGAAGGCUGGGGGUACGGACACAGUGGGUGGCGAGUGGAAGUGGAUACGCUCGGUUUCUGGAGAGGAUGUGAUGGGCGCUGUUACCGUGCAGGUCAUGUCUGCGGCUAACUCCCUGGGGCUGCCCGGGGUCUGGCUGCUAAUAGUUAUCGUCCUAAUCCCAGAGGCUCCGGCAUUGAAAUGUUACUGCGAGCAUUGCGUUAAGGAUAACCAGACCUGCGUGACCGAUGGGGUGUGUUUUAUUUCUGUGAGUCGUGACGGGGACAAAGAAACCAGCAAUAGCAUGUGCGUUAAUGAAGCAGACCUCAUACCUCCCGACCGGCCGUUUAUUUGUGCUACUUCCUCAAGAAAUGGCAUUCACACACAGCCUUAUUGCUGUGAGAAGGACCUCUGCAAUCGAAAUCUUCCACAUAGACCUGAUACCCAGUUGAAGCCUACAACUAGCUUGGGACCAGUAGAGUUAGCAGCCGCUAUUGCUGGGCCAGUUUGUUUCAUUUGCAUAUUAUUAAUGUUGAUCCUAUACAUCUGCCACAACCGUACAGUCAAUCACAUUCGGGUUCCUAAUGAGGAAGACCCUUCAAUGGAUCGACCCUUUAUAUCAGAAGGAACUACAUUAAAAGAUCUCAUUUAUGAUAUGACCACUUCAGGAUCUGGCUCGGGUUUGCCUUUACUUGUUCAAAGAACAAUUGCCAGAACGAUAGUUUUACAGGAGAGUAUUGGAAAGGGUCGAUUUGGUGAAGUGUGGCGUGGAAAGUGGCGCGGUGAAGAAGUGGCUGUGAAGAUAUUUUCCUCAAGAGAAGAGCGCUCUUGGUUUCGUGAGGCAGAAAUUUAUCAAACUGUAAUGUUGCGUCAUGAAAAUAUCCUUGGGUUUAUAGCUGCGGACAAUAAAGACAAUGGAACAUGGACUCAACUAUGGUUGGUUUCAGAUUACCACGAACAUGGUUCGCUUUUUGAUUACCUAAACAGGUAUACAGUAACCGUGGAAGGAAUGCUGAAGCUAUCUUUAUCUACCGCCAGCGGCCUUGCACAUCUUCAUAUGGAGAUUGUUGGGACUCAAGGAAAACCGGCUAUUGCUCAUAGAGAUUUAAAAUCAAAAAAUAUUUUAGUCAAAAAGAAUGGAACAUGCUGCAUUGCAGACUUGGGAUUAGCUGUCCGGCAUGACUCCGCUACAGAUACAAUUGACAUAGCACCAAAUCACAGAGUGGGAACAAAAAGAUAUAUGGCCCCAGAGGUCCUUGAUGAUUCCAUAAAUAUGAAACACUUUGAAUCCUUUAAACGUGCAGAUAUCUAUGCAAUGGGGUUAGUCUUCUGGGAAAUCUCCCGCCGAUGCUCCAUUGGUGGGAUCCAUGAAGAUUAUCAACUACCUUAUUAUGACCUUGUGCCAUCUGACCCAUCAGUAGAAGAAAUGAGGAAGGUCGUCUGCGAACAGAAAUUAAGACCAAACAUUCCAAACCGGUGGCAAAGUUGUGAAGCAUUACGUGUCAUGGCCAAAAUAAUGCGGGAGUGUUGGUAUGCCAACGGUGCGGCUCGGCUGACUGCUUUACGCAUCAAGAAAACUCUGUCACAGUUAACCCAGCAAGAAGGCAUUAAAAUGUAGUAAUUCACCUUGAACUGAAAUUUAGUCGGUCAUUUCUUUACCCGAUUUGCCUGAUCCGAAGAUAAAUUGUUCUACCUCGCAGAGGAGACUGAAUUAACAAUGCUGCCUUUCUGAAGCAUUAUAGGAACUUCAGCGAUUUUAAAUUCCAAGAAUUACUGCGCAUAGGUAAAGUGAAACCGCUCUGAUCCUUGCGCUGCUCUUGGAUCGAUAACUUCCCAGGACAUUUUGUAAAUGUGUAGUUAGAAAUGUUUCUAUAAAACAGAAUGGUACAAAACGUAUAUGCUGGUCUUAAUCCAUUUUUAUUUUUAAAUUAACUUUCCUGCUUUCCGCUCUCUGGAACAGAUGGAAAUUUUGAAAAUAUUUUUCAUGAGUGUGCAUUUCAUUUUCUUAAUCAAAUGUAUUUUAUUUCUCUUUGGUCAGUAAAUUGUAACCUUUACAAAUCCUUUUUUUGUAUGGGUUAGUAAUGUGUCAAAUUUAUAUAUACAUUGCUUACAAAAUAUACCUCUUGAAGCCUGGGGGAGAUAUCAUUUAUGCAACUGUUUUUGUAUAGAUCACUACAUGCCUUCAAAGUCAAGUGUAAUACCGGUUAGUGCCACCAACAAUAUCAUUUUUAUUUCUUUUUACAGCAGUACUAAAAUUUUAUGCAAGAUAUAUAUAUUGUUUAUUUUAAAAGGAGGAACGGAUGUUUGAAAAUAGUAGCAAAUCUAAUAACAACUGAAAAUGUUUCAACUGGAACUAAGGAAUAAGUAUACAUUUUUUUUUCCAGAAUGAAAAUAUCUGCUUAGAAUGUGCAGAAAGAGUAAAAUAAGUUAACAAAUCAUACAAGUAAAAACCUAGCUAACUGGUAAACCAGGUUAGAGCAACACAAAAUCUAAUCAAAAUACAAUUAUUAUUUUUUUCUUGUCAUCGGUUCUUUUACAUUUAACCUAUAAAAUAGUUGCACUUAUGCUUAAUAAAAAGCUACAUGGUGCAUCCACAUUUUUUAUCAUGCAUAUAAAAGGACAUGCUUUAAACAUCACAGUUUGGAAAAAAGAUUGGCGAUCAAAAUGCGUCAGUGCAGCCAAACACAGACACCAUCUUUGCAGAAUAAUGUACUAGAAUUGUUACUGAAGGCACAUCUUAGUACUAAAUUAAAUAGUUGGUCUGCCUAAUAAACAAUGCACCAGGUUACACACAACACUAGUAUUUUAUAAGAAAUGGGACCUUUUUAGUAGUUUAUUUAUAGUUGAGUAUAAAUGCUGGGCAUUUUAAUAAAAUGCUUUUUUGCUCCGUUUUAAUCUUUUUAAAGGACACAAACACCUAUUGCUUUUGUGCAAUAUGUUGCUUUUGGGUACUAAAUUAAAACCUGACCAUGAAAGAGAGUUUGUUAUUGUUUGUUAAUAUAAUAAAUGUAACUUAUUAUAAUAAGAAUAAAAGUAACAGCCCCAUUGAUUAACCCUUUAAUGACCGACGUGCCCAUGUGGUCAUUAAGGGGUUUACUAGCGCAGUGGCAAAGCUCGGCUAGUACUUCGUGCCUCACAUCCGGGGGCAUGUAGAUAUAGUGCGAUCUUGCCGACAGUGGCAAGACCUGUGCUAUAAACUAGGCCUGUUAUAGACUGCUCACAUACCCUGUACAUCGACGCUCGUUAAGGUGUUAAAAACACAUCACUAUGUGGGAUGGAUAACUUUUAUACCAAUAAGACAAUUAUCAAACUGUUUCCAGUUGUAAAUGCAGGGGUUAACCAAUGUUAUAUAUUCAAUAAUCAGUCUAUGGUUAUUAAACAUCCUUGUUCAAUUAAAUCUUAUUGCCUUUUACCAAACAAUAUUUACCCCCACCCUUAUCCCAUUCCCUGAUUUCUGGGUUCCCACAAACAAGAAGUGAAUUAAAAUAAGAGAGAAAAAAAUAUCUUGCUCAAAGACGUUAAUCAAAAAACUACAAUAGUGGGCAAAUAACAUUUUUAACUUGCUCACUAUUGAGUUUGAUAAUUGUAUUAUUGGUAUACAAGUUCUCUAUCCUACAGAGGGAUAUGUUUUUAUAGGGACACUGCGGUCAAAUGUAAAGUUUCAUUAUUCUAUAAAGCAUGCAAUAAAAAAAACAAAAAACUUCCAGUUUACUUUCAUUAUCAAGACGUGCACAUUUAUUUUUAUAUGCACACUUUCUGAGUGCAAAAAUACACAGUAUAUAUUAUGUGCAUUUUAUGAUUGGCUGAUUUCACGUGAUUUAAUGUGGGAUGGCAAAUUGGAUUCACUUUGAAAUUUGCCAGAAUAUAUUUUACUGCUCAUUUCAAAUUCUAAAUAUGUGCUAUUUAAUUUUUUUAUUGUGUAUUUACCAAUUAUUCAGUACUACUGUACUUAGUUCCUUUAAUUAAUUUAAGGUUUUUAGCAUCCCCAUUGCUGUCACUGUUAUUUUAAGUUAUAAUACAAGAUGUUUUUUUAUAUUAACAAACAAUAAUUUACUAAAUUUAAGUAAAGUAACUAAAUAAAGUUCAGUUCUUAAAGGGACAGUCUACACCAGAAUUGUUAUUGUUUUAAAAGAUAAAUAAUCCAUUUAUUACCUAUUCCCCAGUUUUGCAUAACCAACACAGUUAUAUGUAUAUACUUUUUACCUCUGUGAUUAUCUUGUAUCUAAGCCUCUGCAAACUGCCCCUGUAUUUCAGUUCUUUUGACAGACUUGUAGUUUAGCCAAUCAGUGUUGGCUCCCAGGUAAUUUCACAUGCAUGAGCACAGUGUUAUCUAUAUGAAGCACAUGAACUAACACCCUCUAGUGGUGAAAAACUGUUAAAAUGCAUUCUGAAAAGAGGUGGCCUUCAAGAUCUAAGAAAUUAGCAUAUGCACCCCCUAGGUUAAGCUUUCAACUAAGAAUACCAAGAGAACAAAGCAAAAUUGGUGAUAAAAGUAAAUUGGAAAAUUGUUUAAAAUUACAUGCCCUAUCUGAAUCAUGAAAGUUUAUUUUGGACUAGACUGUCCCUUUAAGUGCUUUUCAUAUAUUGCCUUUCACUACAAUGACUUACUUAUUAGUAAGUAUAAAUGCAAAUAAGGCACACGUCAGGGGUGGACCUAAGUAUAUUGCAAGACAUUAUCAAGGUCCUCAAGAGGGGUUUAAUAAUAGCGAUCCUGUUUCAACAGCCUAUUUCUGUGUUUUUAGCUUAUUUUGGAACCAAGGUUUCACUGCAGGUAUAUGAAGGAGAGUUGCUGCACGUGUCUCAUCACUGUGUAGGGAAAGCUAGAUUUCAUCAUGGCGGCAACCAUGACAAGUGGUAUGUGGGAAAUUGCCUCAAUACUAUGCUUAUAAAAUGUAUAUAGUGUUGUGUCCAUUUUUAAGGUCAAAACAUUCUUGCUUAGAACUUAACUCUAUCUACAGCCUUUCUUUUUCAUGGAGAUAAUCAUUUUAUAAUUUUUGAUACAAAACUAUGGGCGUUUCAUUUACUUUGUCAAGAGCUUUUAAUUUUAAUUUAUGUUUUUAAAUACAAACCACACACUUUGUUUUAGUUCCUUUUGUCCACCCCUUUUCUUCUUUCAGCGAGACUCAUUAAAAUAUGUCUGAAUUUCCACACCAAUCCCCAUUUAGUAUCAUGCUCAGUUCGGCUCUCUUGUCACUGUUUUUUUUCCCCUCACAAUAAAGUUUAUACUAAAUUUAAAUUGCACAUAGCUGAUGGAAGAUUUAAGUAUACAAAGUAUAUAAAUACACUACCUUGUACUCAAUUUUGAUAUAAUUGAGUAUAUUAUAUAAAGCUUUAAAAUGGGUUAUCAGUACAAAUUUAAACAAAUCACAUGUUCCAGUUGUAUUUUCAUACUGCAAUUUUUCAGACAUUAACCUUCGGGCAGCUAUCUUAAAGGGACAUUAAACACUAAAUAAAUGCUAUAUAGAAUAAUGCAUUCAAAGAAAAGAUUAGUUUGAGAAUAACACAUAGAUGUAUGUUUAAAGUUUCAUUUGGUGUUUAAAUAUUGACAAAAUAAGUGUAAAGUUUUAGUGUCUAUGAAACAAUGGGAGCUGCCAUGUUGUAACUUAGGUUACCUUCUCUGCUGUGGCCAAUUAGGGACAGUUAUAAAUAGUUAACUAGAGAGUGUAGCCAAUGGCUGUGGGGAAUAUAACAAUGUUCUGCCCUUUAAUUUCUAACAGGAACUGAAAAGCUCACAAUUUCAGAAUGGAAUUACAGGAGAAGGGGAGAAAAUAAAUAAUGAAAGUAUAUUGCAGACUUCUUUUUUAUAUAUGUGAUUUAUCAUUUUAGAUUACCAUCUCAAAGUGUUUAAUGUCCCUUUAAGUAGUCAACCUGUUUAAUGAUGUGAUAGUUUACCAGUAGGAAACAUUUGUAUUUUUCAGUAAUUAUGCAAAAAGGUCGUUCAUCCAGCUUUACAGUGGCACAUUUGUGUAUGACUUUUAGACAUGUUUUGAGAUUGUAAUAGUUUAAUCUCUUUUUGUCAUUUGUUUUAUUUGUUUUAAAAAAAAAAUUGAGACCAAAUUAUUCCCAGUAGGCAAGGUACAUGCUAUGGGAAAGCUAUUAAACCUUGUAAAAUAUAUUCAGAUUUUUCCAUCUUUCUUUUUGAUUUAAUGAAACUGGUGAGGCUUCAUUUAAAUAUAUUUCUUGGUUUACAUCAUUAAAUUUUUGUUUAGUUUGGCCAACAUAUGCAACUUUAUCACCUGCUUGGUCAGCAUUAGGUUUUAUGGCCACUAUCCAGUAAACCUUUGUGUGAGCUCCAACAUUUUUUAGAAUAUACCGUGUAGUUCAGUAACAAAGCAGACAGACACAUCAUUGUUGAAAAGGACAGUAUACUGUAAUAUUUCCGCCCCCCCCCCCCAAUUUAAUAUGUUCCUAUCUUUCUAUUUUACCUGCUGGUUUGUAUUAAAUCUUUUAAAUGUGGUUUGUUUACCUUUUUAUAAUAUGAAAUAGCUGCUUUCACUUGCUAAAACCACCAUCUAUACUGAAAAUUUUAAUAUUGCAGUACUGGUCAUAGAAAAGCUAUGUAAACAAUGUACAGCAGAAGAAAUCAUACUCCCAAUAGGGGUGGUAGACAGCAGUGUUCCCUCUGAGGCCACUUUUUGUGAGCUUCUCAGCAGUGAAACAGUUAAUAAGUGAAUUAUACCUUACCUUAGUCUGCUCUCCCUCUUGGUUCAGCUCAUUUGAAUGUGUUGUGGUUUUAAUUAGCAAAACGGCUAUUUCAUAGUUAAGUCAUUGGAAACACAUUAAGGAAAUACCAUUUUUUACAGGACCCUUUCCCUUUAAAUCUGCUAAUUUGGUUAUGUAAAUUUUGAUACUUGGUCCUUAUACUGAUGCGUUUUCCUUCUCUUCAUUUCUUAUAGCAGUAUUACUUUGUUAGAAAUGUAAAGGAUCAUUCUUUGUGUUAUUCGUGCAUAAUGUGUUUGUUAUUUAUAGUCACUUCUUUUUAAUGUUUUCAAGAAUGUAAUUUCAUUGUAUUUUGUAUAAAUACUGUAAGGACCAAUAUAUGAACCGGCCUGAAAGAUUUCUCAUAUUUUUAAAGUCACAAAAUGCUUUUAUAGCAGGUAUCAUUUCUAUUUUGAGAUAUGUACACAUGUCUACCUGAAUAUACUAUUGAGAUACAAUGUUGUAUAUUUUUGCACACUUCAUCUGUUAUGAUUAAUUAUAACUAGACCUUUUUUCUUUGUUGAAACAUAUGUAUUUUAGUAUGAGUUAAACAUAAACCAAUUUUGACACCAACCUGACCCUGCAACGUAGCUAAAUUAAAUUUGUUCAUUAUCUAGUUUUAAGUUUUCAAAUGUAUAAUUUGACUGGGGGCAAAGUACUGUUUUAAAAAGGUAGUUAAAUAAGCUGCAUUAAUAACAUCUGUGAUUGUUUUAUUUGUUUUACUAUAUUACUUGGAUGGAGAACUUAUAGCAUAAUAUAUGUUGAAACCCACAGAAAGUAUAACAACAUAUUUAACUGAUGCAUAUAUUAUUCCAUUCCAGGUUUUAUUAAAAAUAAAAACACUUUUUAGAUUUAAAUUGAUACUUUGGUUUAUAAAAACCAAAACAGAGGCUACAAUAAUUAUGUAAUUGGCUUAAUUGUGUAUGUUUUAUGCUUAAUGAAGGGGCUUUCAUAUGAACCUGAUUGGCUGUAACCAAAAUGUUUUUGCUAAAGCUGCAUUUUUCUUAAAGUCCUUUUAAAAAGAUCAUCAAAUACACUUGAAUUGCAUAAUCAACAAAUGUAUCAUAAAAAAGACAAUGCAAUAACAUUUUCUAAGAAUUUUAAAUGAACAGUAGAUUGUUUUUCUGACUAAUUUCAAUAUUUAGUUCAAUUUGCUGGCCCUUGUAUCAUGUGGCAGCCAUCAGCCAAUCAUAGAUUCAUACAGUAUAGUGUAUACUGUGAACUAUUGCACAUGCUCAGUAGUAGCUGGUGCCUCAGAAAGUGCACAGUUUGAUAAUGCAAGCAAAUUGCAAACUCUUCAAAUUGCAUCCUCUGAGUCAUGAAAGUUGAAUUUUAACUUUAGUGUCCUUUUAAUUUGACACAUUUGUGCUAUAGGGAUUACUCUUUCCAAUAAAGUAACACCCUGGAAGUAUGUUGAAGGUUCCCCUCUAGAAACAAGGCAAUUGCCUGGAUAUACAUUAUUGCAGCUUAUUGAACACCCUGAUUACAGUUAGUUUGCAUUUAAAAGUAAAUUCAAAAGUUCAAAGUAGAUGUGUGCAUUUAAAGCUUUCGGAUACUUCGGAAUAUGGAAGAUGGUGGCCUUUAAUGCUGGUUGGCUAUUUUUGGAGUCAAAUUUAUAUUUGUGAAACCUCAACACGCUAAAAAUCCGGAUUUGUACAGAUUUUAGUGUGUUGCUGUUUCACAAGUAUAAAUUUGGCUCCAAAAAUAGCCAACCGGCAUGAAGGGCCACCAUCUUCCAUAUCCCAAAGUAUCCGGAAGCUCUGAAUGCAUACAUCUCCUCCAAUCAUAUAACAAUUUUCUUGAGUAGUUUAAGCUGUAUAAUCUCUAAAAGAAGGAAUAUUCAGACUUUUGUAAGUAAAACUCAUCUUAGGAAAAGCUAAUAUCGCCAUUUGAAAUGAUGCAAUUGUAUUCCACAAAUUCUACAUCCUCUUAAUUUUACACCAGUGUUGGUGUAAAAUGAAAAACUAGGAAAAUGUCUAUUUUUUUAAACUUUGUAUAUAAAUAUAUAUGCAGUGGUUGGAAUUGGUUCUCUAAUUCAGUAAUCAAAUGGCAUUUUCUUUUGUCACUUUGAUAACUACAUUUUUUUUAUAUAACCAGAAAAAAAUAAAAUCAGGUUGUAGACAAUAAAACUGAUUGUACAUUAAUGGACAAGUUUAUGAGUAGACAUGUAUGUAUGUAUAUAUAUAUGUAUUAAUUGUGCCACAGAAUUUAACUCAAUUCCCAAUGUGCCAUUGCAGUAACAGAAAAUCUUUGAACUGUAAACCAGUUUGUCAUUUGCUUUAAUUAACAGAACUUCUUAAAGCCAUCAAUUUUGGAAGAACUUGUAUUAUUUUAUUCCAGGUUGUAAAUGGUUUAAAAGGUAUUUUUUACCUCAUAUUGUAUAAAAAAUGUAAGUGCAUUCAUUUGUUACUCAAUUGUUUUCCAUAAAGUGUAUAUCUACGGUACUAACGGUCUUGUAUUUGUAUCCAAAAACAAAGAUAUUUUUUUUUUUUUAUGAACUUUAUGCAUUAUUUUUGCUGCCAACAUUGCACCUCUGUUAAAGUGGUGCUGUUGAUACUUUGAGAAAAUGAUUUUCAUUAUAAAAUUUCUCAUUGUACAGAAGGAUCAUUUUGUAAAAAAAAAAAAAAAAAACUCACUAAACUUUGUUUCUUGUUAUUUCGGAAUUACUGUAUUAAAUUUCUAGAGUAUAUACUACAAAUGUUGUAAAUAGGAAAUAGCAAUGAAAAUGAGUGCUAAUAUAGCUGAGUAGCCGAAAUAAAGCAGAUAUUUUUCACUGAAA